CUCAACCUACAAAACACAAUACAAUGAAUUCAUUCGUAAUCACUAUCUUGGCAUGUGUAGCUGCGGCGUCAGCAGCACCUAGCCUUCUCGGUCCAGGAUGCUGUGGAGGCACUGUACUCAUUCCACCCAGCGCUGCAGUUACGAUCUCCAGACCAGCAUCUAUCCUAGCUCCAUCCAUUGCAACUAUUGGUGUAGCAGCUCCGUGGGCUGUGGCAGCUCCAGUUGCAACUGGUGUUGCAGCUAUAACUGCUGGUGGUGGUUCGAUAGCUGCCACAGGAGCCGGUGCUGCAGUGAGAGGACCACCAACUGCUCCUGUCGUGAUUGCUGGGCCUUCUGGUAAAAUUGUUGCCGAUGGACUUUGGGGACCAACUGCCAAUAUUGGAGGAGUAGGUGCUUUGGGAGCCGGCGGGUGGUAGAUUCAGAAAUAUUUAUUUGGAUUUCUCGACCCUGACUGACGAUUUUGUGAUUCACUGUUGCUUUAUCUUCUUGUUACAUAUGCAUAUACCUCAAUAAACUAAUUCAUGUAUCUCGUA